UCCACUUCGCGUGGAAGCUUGUGAAUAAAAACAAUGUAUAUGGCAAAGCUGGCAUCGUACAUCUCGAUCGUGCUGGUUGCUUACAGUUCUCCAUAUGUGCCCGUAUGUGAUGCAUUCCCAGAUUGCUUGAGAGCGACUGGUUCUGAACUUGCAAGCGGUCAAGGGAAACCGGCAUGUUGAGCAGCCGGGUUGAUGUAGCCACACUAACCGGCCCAGAUCCGCUCAAAUAGUACCCACGGUCAUCCCAGCCAAUGCCCAAAGGGAGGGAUCGAUUGUGAUCGGUUGCACGAAUUAGGUUCCGUGGAAUAGCAUCAGUAGUGGCGCUCGCUAACGGGAUACAAUGCGCCGUCACAAGCUGCUGGCACAUGCAACGAUACGGGAUCAGCACCCUCGACCAAGAUUAAAUGUUUUACGAGGUGAGCGCGAGUCCUCCUGUACUAGCACAUCAUCUUGGCAAAGAGACGAGGUAUUGGAAUUGAAGGGGCGAAGUCGUCCUUCCAUAAGGUCAGUUCCGAUCGGCAAGUGGCAUUCACAGCACUCUGCCAGGGGAGUGAUACCUUCGCAGACUGCUGUAGGUCUAGCACUUCCCCAUGUCGCGGUGCAUAACAGAUGCCGAUACAGCUGCAAGUUCCUGACAGGUCGAAACGACAGUUCUGAAGCUGACAUCCCAUGCUUGCGCGCGCAUUGAACGCAUCCUCGCCGCAAUACAUCCGUCUGAAGGAAACGGAACAGAGUCACAGGGCCAUCUUGUGAUUCGGAGAAAGGAAAAGAGCGCAGGACAACCAUACAUUCGCGCCUUAUUCGACGGGAGACGGCUGGAGGUAGUAUGCUCGUCCGUAUGCUUGUUUGAUAUGCUUGUUUGUCCUCCCUUCUCAACUACGAACGUUGAAGUUUAUGAAACCAUAAACAGACUCAGCGCUCCCUUAUUGUCAAGAGGCAGUCACUCGGGGACAUGGUAUGUCGCUUUCCGGCAAUGACGUUGUCUCUCCGCGUUAACGGUACAGGCUGUAGCUGCAGGCUCUGAGAUCCCAAGCUGCACGAGGCUGGCGCCACUGCAGCCGGGGUCGACCAUCAAGCGGCAAUGGUACAGGCACACUGCUCUGCGUGGGACACCAUGAGAGGAAGGAGGCUCGUCGAACUCGUAAUAUGAUAUAUCAUACCAAAGUGACG